UUUCAAACUUGAACGCAAACUGCCUGUCUCUCUUUCCAUGUUAAAGAACCGCCAAGAAAUGUGAAAGCCAGGAACAGGUGUCAUUCUGCUGCAACCAUUGAAACGGCUUCAUUUGGCACCGCAGUAGAUUUGUCGUGUUCAACGGAGAAAGAGACUUCUGAUAACUGAGUGAUCAACGGGGAAAUUUUCAUUUUUACGGAGGGACAUUGUCUCCAGGGGAACAAUCAGUUGGAUCCAAAUUCUGGCUUCAGGCAUUUGAUGAAGGUGUCCGAAUAUUCAUCCGUCUUUCAUGGUUUUGCUCGCAACGGAGAUGUCACUCUGAAGAUGGAAUGGUCGUGCUCGAUCUAAUUGUUAAGUUACAUGCUAGUGAUGAUUUGUUAUCCAAGCUAAUUACCCACAGGACAGCAUACAGAACAUGAUCAUGGCGGUAUCUUCGUCGUUUCUAAAGUUUAUAUCUCUUACUGUGGUCUUAUCGUGUACAGUAAAGGCAGAAGUCAAAAUGUUUCCUCGGAGGACUGCCUAUGAAGAUGGUACAAUCAUGUUAGGGGGUCUGUUUGAUCUACACCAUACCGAGGGAGUAAUUAACAACAGCUGCAGCAAUCUCCUCGCCUCAAACUUGGGUUCCUUACAAGCAAUGAUAUUUGCCAUCGAAAAAAUAAAUGAUAACAGGACAUUCUUGCCAAAUGUGACACUUGGAUAUGAACUCUUGGAUUACUGUCUCCAGCCAGCAAUAGCCGUUGAGGCGUCUUACGAAUUAGUGGUGAAAAGUGAUCAUCGAUUUUCACUCCAAAACUGUACAAGCGAAAACGCGUUCAGUGGCCACUUCAAAGAAAUAUCAGGCGUGAUUGGGCCAAUGGAUUCUGCCAGCGCCAUCAUGGUGUCAAGUCUGUUUAAAAUCGCGCACAUUCCGUCCAUAAGCUCCCUAGCGACAAGCGUGGAACUGAGUUCAACACUUUACAAACAUUUUUACCGCACAGUUUCGCCUGACAGUUGGCGCGCAAGUUUGCUCGCUGACAUAGCGCAGUUCUUCAACUGGACUUACGUUGCUGCAAUAGCACUUGACGACUCCUUCGGCCGAUACGGAAUCUGGGGAAUAGAAAAAGAAGCAAACUUGAGAGACAACUUUUGUAUUGCCUUGAAAAAGUUUGUCCCCCGAGUGGAUCCUUAUGAUAAGUUUAAGGAAAUCGUGCUCGAGCUCAAGAAAAUGGAAAAUGUUAAGGUGGUGUUUUUUUGGCUUUACGGACAGUUCGCGCAAUCUUUUAUGGAAGAAGCAGUAAGACAAGGUGUUAGAGGAAAAACAUGGAUAUUUACUGACGGAACAGCGCCAACAGAUCCCUUUUUCGGACAUGAUCGCUUUGCUGGCUUACUUAAUGGAUCAUUUGGUGUUUUUCACAGGGCUGCGCGAAGUAAGGAAUACAAAAAAUAUCUGGUCAAUCUUGCUAAAAGGAACUUUUCGGGCAGCACCCAUCUGUGGUGGCAAGAAUACUGGCAUAACCCAAAAAAUAAAAACACUUUAUCUGGUUCAUUAGAAGAGUAUUUUUCUAAUGAGAAUCCAUUCAUUAGCAGUCCUUACGUUUCAUACACUAUUGAUGGGGUGUACGCCUUCGCACACGCCCUACACAAUAUGUACAACUGCAAGGAGCCACAUGGUCUCUUGGAGGGUGGAAAAUGCCCACGACUUCAAGAUCUGAAGGUGAUUGGGGAUUGUCUUGACCUUUACUUGAGGAAUGUGAGUUUCCAAGGAUUGACAGGGACAGUACAAUUUGACGAACGUGGUGACCCAUUGGAAGCUUCGUACGAUAUUGUAAACUUCAAGGGCCAGUUUGGCAAAGGUCUUGAGGGCGUUCUUAUCGGUUGGUGGGCUAGAAGAAGCAGUUCUAAACUACACUUGAGCUUACCGAUGAUAACCUGGAACAAUCAAGAUGGAUUCGACGGCAUCCCCUCAUCAAUCUGCUCCAAAGACUGUAAACCGGGUGAAAGAAAAGUCACAAGAUCCUCUUGUUGUUGGGAAUGUGUCGACUGCCCAAUUGGUACCAUAAGUUCCGACGGUAUUUCUUCUAACUGUUCCCAAUGUUCCGAGAGAGAGAAACCCAACAACGAGAGGACACAAUGUAUGGAUCUUCCACUGAACAACUUGAAAUGGAGCGAUAUCUCAGCCCUUAUCGUGACAUGCACAGCAGCGCUUGGUCUGUGUUUGACCAUCCUCUGUUUCGCUAUUUUCAUCAAGUAUCGGAAUACGCCGAUAGUAAAGGCUUCGAACAAGGAACUUAGCUUUAUUUUGCUGUUUGUAGUGGUGUUAUUUUUCGUCUUUGCUUUACUAAACUUAUUUACUCCCACAGACAUCUUGUGUAGAGUUGUCUGCAUCUGGCGCGACACUGUCUAUACCUUAUGCGUCUCCAUACUUCUUUUGAAGUCAAGAAAAAUCGUCAAGGCUUUUCGGCCUCAGGGUAAGUUACCCGACAGCUUGGCCUCCAGAACAAAUAGGCGGAAAAACUUCUGUUUCAAAGGACAGAGACUUCAUUUAUUUCUAUUAUCGUCCAUACAGAUCAUACUGAAUUUGAUUUGGAUUUUAGUGGACCCGCCCUCCAAAGAAACCAUCGUUCGUCCUCUUCAAUAUAUUUUUGUGGUUUGUAAACCUUUUAGAUCCGUUUCUGGCCAUGUACUUUUAAUCAUUAGUGUAACAUUUCUCAUGAUCCUUUCACUUGCAUGCAUCUAUUAUGCUUUCAAAGGUAGAAAAAUUCCGGAAAAUUUUAACGAGGCGAGAUAUAUUGGUUUUGCAAUGUACAUUGUACUGUUGUGCUCCGCUGCUUAUUAUCCUGUGGUGUUUGGCUUGGAGGGAUGGUAUGUAGGCGUUAUCGGGGGAGUAACCACUCUCGUAAGCUCAUUUGCUCUUUUAGGUUGCAUGUUCGGGCCUAAAGUGUACGUAAUUAUUUUUAGUCCUGAGCAGAACACACGCGAGGCGAUUAGCACGGAGAUUACGAAGUAUUCAUUGUCUUCUGUGGCAGCGAUAGGAGGAGCGGCAGCUAGAGUAGCCCCAGUGCCCUCAUCACAGUCUUCACUUUGACCUUACAAUAACAAUAGCUGCCACGCAAAUCUAAGAUUUAUGGAAUAACUUCAUUUAGAAUUAGAACAACGCAGGCAUUUGGAAGGUCCUCCCGGCUAUUCCGAAAGUUUUUCUUCUCCGGUACGAAACAAUUUUUAGGUUUUAAUUUUAAUCUGUGUAUAAGAUUAGCCUAUACAGCCUCUCCUGGUUGCAUCUUUGCCGGUCAGAAUAAAGUCUAAGUUAAAGCUUCUCGGACUUAAUUUCAUAUCUAUUGUUCCUGGUGAGCUAAAUGUUCGAGCUUCUUUCCUUAAUCUCUUUGCAGCAGAAGUGCUUUUUCAACUUGAGUAGCAAUUGCAAAGUUACCCCCGUAAAUAUAACAAAAGGAGACCCGAUGAUCCUCCGAUGCUGCUGAUGAGGUCUCUUUGCUAACGAAAAAAUAACAAAAGGCAAAAAAAUUUCAUCGAUUCUGGCUCAACUUACUGAACACUAUUAAUCAUUAAAUGCGGCUUUUAAAUGGGGGUCCUCAGCUAUCUAGCAGUAAUGAUAAAAGUCAUGUCAUUUAAAAAGAAAUAGGAAUCUCGAACCUACCUAGUCAUCGAAAGCUUGUCAUUUAUUUAUAAAUCACCUACUCUUCAUCCAACUCACUCAUUCAAUCAAAUGAUGCAGAAUUCAUUUUACACUCCGAAAUUCUGACUUUUAUGCGUGUAUUGUCAGCAAGUGAGACGACACGUGUGCAGAAGAAUAAAAAAGAAAUGAUCAAAAACUAAGAUUUGUUCAUUUACCGGCGGUUUUAGACUAUCAAUGGCUCUAGAGACUUCUCAAUAUUACGAGUCUUUCUCAAGUGACUUAAUGCUUUAUAAGCGUUCGCUAUAAGUCUGUUGAUACUGAUCACCAAAAUGACUAUCUAAAUGAGAAGUUUGGCCAAAUGAAAGAUCGUUUACAGUUUGCGGUUUUGCUAAACAAACAGCUGAAGUCUGUUUGAAAUAACUGGUCCCAUAACUUUCCCUUCUGAUGAACCAAAUUAGAGGUUCCAAACGUAAAAAAAAGAGUCGGGUAAAAGGUAAUUUCCUCGUCGACCGACACUGAAAAACGAAUAAAUAAUGGUAAUUGAACUGAAUGGAGUGCAAUUUGGGCUGAAAUCAUACGCGUGAUUUCAAAAUCGAACGAGCGCUCAGCGUGAGUUCGAUUUGAAAUCACGCGUAUGAUUUCAGCCCAAAAUUGCACGACAAGAGGUUCAAUUACCACUUUAUUACAUCCAUUUUGAAAUCGCCCAAAUAAAGGCUUGGUCAGUUCAAUUAUUUUAUUGAUGCAGUGCUAAGCACGUUUGAAAUUAUGCAUGCAUCACUAUCAAACGAGAUGCACUAACAUAUAUACAUUAGCUAAAUGCAGGACUGAAAGAUUGCGCCGUAGUUUUUUUCCAAAGUACUAAUUUAGCCUUCAACAAUCAAUUUUUUUUUUAGA